AUCCUCGGCUGGAGCAUUAUAUUCUCUUCAAAGGCGUAAAGGGGAGCCUGAAAAUGAACUUGUUGGUGUCUUUUUUGUUUCCCGGGAAAAGCAGAUUCCUCAAAGUAAAAGAGGAAGAUAAAAGAAAAGAUGCCAAGCUGAAUGAACAUAGGAUGGGCCCAUCAAUCAGAAAAAUAUUGAUGGGUGUGAUGUUGAACCUCAACAGGGGUUGGGGUUGGGAAUUAUUGGCUACUGAAAUGGUAAAGCCAGACAAUUUCAAAAGAAUUGGUUUCUAAGCUUCAAUGGGUUUAUCUCCUCAUUUCUUGGUUUUCCACCUGUGUUUGAUUUCAUCUGUGUUGUGCCAAUUUGAAGAGUUCAUCAGUAUUGACUGUGGGGGCACAAGUAACCACACUGACCCAGCUACUGGGCUAGUGUGGGUUUCGGAUGCUGGGCUUAUGAGCCAUGGCAAAUCAGUAGAAGUUGAGAAUCCGAAUGAGCAGUGGCCACAGAAUCGGAGACGUCGAGACUUCCCCAUAGAUAGGAAGAAGUACUGUUACACUUUAAGCACAGAGGAGAGGAGGCGGUAUCUAGUACGUGCAACAUUUCUGUAUGGGAGCUCAGAAAAUGAGGAUGCAUAUCCAAAAUUUCAGCUCUACCUGGAUGCAACCGAGUGGGCAACUGUGACAGUGAGGGAUGCUUCAAGAGUUUAUGUGAUGGAAAUGAUCAUAAGGGCGCCCUCAGCUUCUAUUGAUGUGUGCCUAUGCUGCGCAACAACAGGUUCUCCAUUCAUUUCCACUCUUGAGCUGCGACCUCUCAAUCUUUCAAUGUAUAUCACGGAUUUUGAGGAUGACUUCUAUCUGAGAGUUGCAGCCAGGGUAAAUUUUGGUGCUCCAAGCAUGGAUGUUUUGAGGUACCCCAGUGAUCCCUAUGACCGGAUAUGGGAUUCAGAUCUCGAUAAAAGGCAAGAUUAUCUUGUAGGUGUUGCCCCUGGCACAGAAAGAAUCAAGACUUCAAAGAACGUAGACAUAAGAACGCGAGAAUAUCCUCCUGUUAAAGUAAUGCAGACUGCAGUUGUUGGCACAAAAGGAAAUCUUAGCUACAGAUUGAACCUAGAAGGUUUCCCUGGCAAUGCUCGAGCCUAUGCAUACUUCGCUGAAAUUGAAGACUUGGGGACUAAUGAAUCCCGAAAAUUCAGAAUGUUGCAGCCUUAUAUGCCUGACUAUAGCAAUGCGGUGGUAAAUAUUGCUGAGAAUGCCAAUGGGAGCUACACCCUCUAUGAACCCAGCUACAUGAAUGUAUCAUGGACUUACGUUCUCUCAUUCUCAUUUGUGAAGACUCAGGAUUCUACACGAGGUCCACUCUUAAAUGCAAUUGAGAUAAGUAAAUAUGUUCGGAUUGCCCCAAAGACAAACAGUCAAGAUGUGGCUGCUCUCAAUGCCUUCCACUCAAUGUCUAGCGAGAACGAGUGGCCAAAUGAAGAAGGUGAUCCUUGCAUCCCGGCUCAAUGGGAAUGGGUGGCUUGCAGCUCAACUACACCACCAAGAAUUACGAAAAUUGUUCUUUCAGGAAAGAACUUAAAGGGUCCAAUUCCAUCCCAGCUAAAUAAGAUGGAGGGAUUGACAGAGCUGUGGUUGAGUGACAACUUGUUCACUGGGCCUGUCCCCGACAUAAGUAAUCUUAUCAGUUUGAAAAUUGUGCAUUUAGAGAACAACAAACUCAGUGGUCUGAUACCUUCUUAUCUGGGCAGUUUGCGAAGUUUACAAGAGUUGUAUGUGCAGAACAACUCCUUCAGUGGUGAAAUACCUUCAGCAUUGUUAACUGGAAAAGUAAUCUUUAACUAUGAGGGAAAUCCUGAACUAAAUAAAGAGGCACAGCAUAAAACACAUCUUAAGAUGAUAAUCGGAAGCUCAGUUGGAGUACUUGUGAUUCUUUUAGUUCUGCUCAUAGGAAGCUUACUAUUAUUAUGUAAUCGUCGAAGAAAAUCAUCUAUCCAGGAAAGUGGUAACAAAGGUUAUUCUUUGCGUAGUAGCACAAAGCCUUCACCUGCCUACUCAAUUGCACAUGGUGGGCAUUUAGUAGAUGAAGGCACAGCUUGCUACAUCACACUUUCUCAAAUAGAAGAGGCUACUAAUAAUUUUUCGAAGAAAAUUGGCCAAGGAAGUUUUGGGCCUGUCUACUAUGGCAAAAUGAAGGAUGGAAAAGAGGUGGCAGUUAAGAUCAUGGCUGAUUCAUCUAUUCAUGGGACCCGACAAUUUGUCACAGAGGUUGCUCUCUUGUCGAGAAUUCAUCACAGAAACUUGGUUCCUUUAGUAGGAUAUUGUGAAGAAGAACACCAGCGUAUUCUGGUUUAUGAGUACAUGCACAAUGGAACCUUGCGGGAUCGCAUACAUGGUGAAAAUCCAUGUCAUACUCUGCUGCCAGAUUCUGUGAACCAGAGACACUUAGACUGGCUAGAUCGUCUUUAUAUCGCAGAAGAUGCAGCUAAAGGUCUUGAGUACUUGCAUACUGGAUGCAGCCCCAGUAUCAUUCACCGUGAUGUAAAAACAAGCAAUAUUCUUCUUGACAUCAAUAUGAGGGCAAAAGUAUCAGAUUUUGGACUAUCAAGGCAAGCUGAUGAAGAUCUAACACACAUAUCAAGUGUGGCACGUGGAACAGUGGGCUACCUUGAUCCUGAGUACUAUGCAAAUCAGCAGUUGACUGAAAAGAGUGAUGUUUACAGCUUUGGGGUUGUUCUCCUGGAACUGAUUUCUGCAAGAAAGCCCGUCUCAGCAGACUAUGGUGCUGAAUGGAACAUUGUUCAUUGGGCAAGAUCCUUGAUUCGUAAAGGAGAUGUAAUGAGCAUUGUAGAUCCAUUGAUGGCGGGAAAUGUCAAAGUUGAGUCCAUUUGGAGGAUUGCCGAAGUUGCUAUCCAAUGCGUUGAACAACACACAGUCUCCAGACCAAAGAUGCAGGAAAUAAUUUUGGCUAUACAAGACGCUGUCAAGAUUGAGAAAGGGAAUGAAGACACCAACGAAAUAUCUUCCGGCUCUUCAAAAGUCCAGUCUUCGCGCAAGACUUUACUCACAAACUUCCUUGAAAUUGAAAGCCCUGACGUGUCAAAUGGUUAUCUAAAUCCAUCGGCUAGAUGAUAAUGAAUCAAAAACAAUACCCUGAACAAACCCCCUUCCUCAUCCCCAAAUUAUAUAUUUUGUAUAGUGUAAUGUUGUGUUCUAUGAGUUGUUUUUGAUUCUUCUGGUCAGUGUAUCUACUCCACAGAAUAUUAGUCAAACUAAAUCUCAUUGGAAAUAUGAGAAGAAACAGAAAGUGAAAUGAAACAGGGCUACUGUUUUUCUUUGGUUUGAA